AUGUUCUUUGCCAUACUCGUGUUGACGAGAACGCCAACUCCACCAACACCUCUACUGUCGCAUGUUCCUAAGAACAGUUCUUCUCCAGUCUCAUAUACGGCGUUGAGAGGGCUUUUGGCCGGACCGACGUGCGGGAUACAAGGAUGUCAUGAGUCAGUCCUGGCUCAGCAGAAACAGGGUGUCCAUCCCCUGAAUCCACCUGCGUCUCUGGGCAAGCGCAAGGUCGCUUUUGGUCCGCGAUUAGCCCCCUAUCCGCCACCUGGGGACACGCCACGUAGCCUCGCGACUAACCGGCUGUGA